AUGGGCGUGACUACACGAAAGAUUUGUCGACUUGUCCCGCUCGUGCCCAUCAUCGCCCUGCUCUACUUCUUGGUGGCAGCAGUGCGAGAUGGAGGCGUUUUCCCACCUCCACCAGGCGAGCUUUCUGCUUCGCUGUCCCCAGGGGUCACCGACUGGUCCAAGUUUGCAUACUUCCAAUACGUGACGACCAGCGAUUGUCUGUGCAACGCCGUCAUGAUCAUGGAGACACUCGAUCGCCUUGGGACUCGAGCCGAAAAGGUCGUGGUGUACCCAUCUACAAUGAUCGCGGGCGACCUGGAGACGGACGACUCGCACAACGCUCGUCUGCUCAGGAGGGCUCGCAACGAGUACCACGUGCACCUCCGGCCGACCCAAGUCCAACACAGAGCGGUCCUGGACACAUACUACGAGGACUCCUUCACCAAGCUCCUCGUCUUCAACCAGACGCAGUACGAGCGAGUCCUCCACCUGGACUCGGACGCGACCGUCCUCCGGCUCAUGGACGAGCUCUUCCUGCUGCCGCCCUGCCCCGUGGCCAUGCCCCGUGCCUACUGGCUCUACCCCGACGACCCGAAGCUCGCGUCGCCCCUGAUGCUCGUGCAGCCGAGCGCCGCCGAGUUUGAGCGCAACAUGGCCGAGACCGAGCAGGCCGGGCGCAGCGAGUACGACAUGGAGGUCGUCAACGCGCUGUACGGGGACCGGGCCCUGGUCCUGCCUCACCGGCCGUAUCUGAUGCUCACCUCUGAGCUUGCGCGAGACCCCGACGACCACGAGGCAUAUCUCGGCACGGACAGGGAGGCGUGGGACCCCGUCGCCGCCCUCGGCGAGCUCAAGUAUCUGCACUUUUCGGAGGCGCCCCUGCCCAAGCCCUGGGGCAACAUAUCCGACGAGAUGCGCGAGAAGUUCCAGCCCAGGUGCCACGUGCGUGACGGCGCCGAGUCCUGCUCCGAGAGGGAUAUCUGGAACGGAAUCUACACCGACUUCAGGCACAGGAGAGAGGUUCGGAACACGCCGCUCGCCCCUCCGUGCCGCUCGUUUCCAUUGUGCUGA